AUGAAGUACUCUACUUCGACUCUCUUGGCCACAGUCGGCUUCUUUGCCGCUGGAGCUGAUGCGUUCUGGCGCAUGGAGUGCCCGGGCCGUGUUGGCUUGGCCAGAGUCGACCCCCUCAUGUCCUUUGGAGGAGCCGCACCCCAUGCCCAUGCCAUUCAUGGUUCAAGCGCCAUCUCUCCCAUCUCGACAUUUGGCGACCUGGUUGCUGGUGAUUGCACCUCUUGCCGUGUCAAGCAGGACAAGUCGGCCUACUGGCACCCGGCCCUGUACUUCCAGGACUCGGCCACUGGUGAGUUCGAGCUUGUUGACCAAGUCGGCGGACUUCUUGCGUACUACCUUCUUAAUGGAAAGGAUAUCAAGGCAUUCCCCCCCGGGUUCCGCAUGAUUGCUGGGGAUACCGACCGCCGCAAUUACACUGCAGGCGACCCGUCUAAGCCUGAUCCCCAGAAGUCUUCGUGGUCGCUCCUCGGUCAGACCAAGCAGUCCAUCCUCGAGCAGCGCGCCAUCGGCUUCAACUGUCUCAACUACGGUCGUGACCCCGAGGGCACCCUGUACCGCCACUUCCUCCCUGACAAGGCCUUCCUCGAUGCCAACUGCGCCAACGGUGUCCGCUUCGAGAUGAUGUUCCCGUCUUGCUGGAACGGCAAGGACGUUGACACGGACGACCACAAGUCCCACAUGGCUUAUCCCGACCUGGUCAUCGACGGAACCUGCCCCGAAGGCUUCGAGACGUCUGUUCCUAAUCUCCUGUACGAGGUCAUUUGGAACACCAACGCCUUCAAGAACCGUAACGGUCGCUUCGUCAUCGCCAACGGUGAUACCCAGGGCUAUGGAUACCAUGCCGACUUCAUCUCGGGCUGGGACGAGGACUUCCUCCAGUCGGCCGUCAACACGUGCACCAACCUGUCUGGCCGGAUUGAGGACUGCCCCAUCUUCGACCUCCAGGACGAAGCCGCCACCAAGCAAUGUGAGAUGAAGAUCCCCGCCCUCAUCGAGGAUGACAACGUCACUGGUCCGGCUGCGAUCCUCCCCGGCAACGCCCGCAUCACCUUUGGCGACGGCUCUUCUGAGGGUGAUGAUGCGCCCGUCAGCUCGUCUACUAUUGCAGCUCCAACGGUCCCGACGCUCACCUAUAAGCCCGGCAAGACGGCCACGGCCAACCCUCUCCCCGGCGAAGUUUUUCGCGAGACGGGCAAGAUCCCCUAUGGCUCAGUUUCCGCUGAGGCGGUCUCCGCCCCAGUCCCCGAGCCUGAGCCCGCUGCGGAACCUACCCCGACGCCGAUCAUCACGCCCAUCAUUACGCCUGCUCCUGUCAGCUCCUCUCAGCAGAGCCAGUCGUGCGUUUCCACCGAUGUGAUCAAGAACAAGAACACAGUUUCCGUCAUCUGCUGGGUGGAGGAGAUUGUGUACGUGACCGAGUACGAGGACAUGACUACGACCAUGUCAGUCACGCCGACUGAGGCGCCCCUGCUGCGCGCCAAGCGCCAUCUUCACCAGCACCGUAACAAUCACUUUUAG